GAUGGUCUUGACGAAAGUCGACUUGGGCUCGACUUCACUGCUGACACAAACCCCUGCAUUGAUGUGACACAGUCAAUGACAGUAGAAGUCCUGCUGACAUGCCUCAUCAAGGGGGAACUGCUGCCUUCUGCUCGCCUUUGGAUAACCACACGCCCAGCMGCAGCCAAUCAGAUCCCUCUUGACUUUGUCGACAUUAUGACAGAGGUGAGAGGGUUCACUGACCCACAGAAAGAGGAGUACUUUAGGAAAAGGUUCAGGGAAGAGGAGCAAUGUGGCAGAAUCAUCUCCCACGUCAAAGCAUCCCGGAGCCUCCACAUCAUGUGUCACAUUCCACUCUUCUGCUGGAUCACUGCGGCAGUUCUGGAGGACUUGUUGAAAACCAGUGUGGGAGGAGAGCUGCCCAAGACCCUGACGGAGUUGUACACAGGGUUCUUGAUGUUUCAGAUCAGACAGACAAAGGAAAAGUAUGGCACAGAGCAGAGCAUUGCACACAUGCAUUCACUUGCAAAACUGGCAUUUCACCAGCUGGAAAACAGGAACCUCAUCUUUUAUGAAAAAGAUCUCAAAGAGAGCGGCAUUGAUUUUGAAAAAGCCUCAGUUUACUCUGGGGUGUUCACACAGAUGUUUAAAAAAGAGCAGUUGUGGAGGAAGGACAAGGAUGGGGAUAAGAUGUUCAGCUUUGUGCAUCUGAGUAUUCAGGAGUUUUUGGCUGCAGUUUAUGUGGUACAGUCGGUCAUUAACAAGAAGAAAAAUGUAAUGGUGCAACAACAGCUCAAGUUCCAAAACAUGCAGAAGCUUUUUAGCAAACCGUCCAUUGCCUCAAUCCAAAAACUGGCAGUUGACAAAGCUUUAGAGAGUCCAGAUGGACACCUCGACUURUUCCUCCGCUUCCUUCUGGGUCUCUUCACUGAGGCCAAUCAGAAUAACCUACAAGAGCUGCUGAAACACUCAAUGAGUACUUCAGAGGCCAUUCAGGAAACAGUGCAGUACAUUAAGGAAAAGAUCGGAGAGAAUCCAUCUCCAGAGAGGUGCAUCAACCUGUUUCACUGUUUGAAUGAACUGCAUGAUCAUUCUUUAGUGGAGGAGAUCCAACAUUACCUGAGCUCAGGAAGACUCCCCAGUAAAAGUCUGUCUCCUGCUCAGUGGUCAGCUCURGUCUUCAUCCUUCAGUCAUCAGAAGAAGACAGAGAUGAGUUUGACCUCAGGAAGUACUCUGCUUUACAGGAAGGUCUCCUGAGGCUGCUGCCAGCGGUCAGGAACUCUGUUGUGUUCUUGUAG